AUGGCAAAGAAGCAGGUGAUCAUCGACACCGACUGUGGCAUAGAUGAUGCUCAGGCUAUAAUGAUGGCCUUGGCAGCACCCCACAUCCAGGUCGUGGGCAUCACCUGUGUGUUUGGGAACGCAGCAGUUGAGAAUGUGUGUCAGAAUGUUUUGAGGGUGCUCUCCGUCUGUGAGCGCGAGGGGAUUCCAGUGUUUCGAGGUUCUGGUGGUCCUCUAGUUGGAGCCACUAACCCAGUCAGUGACCACUUUGGAACAGAUGGACUUGGGGAUGUGAUUAAAGACAAAGACCCACAGUGGGAGCUGAAGAUCCAAAGAGAGCAUGCAGUCAAUGCAAUGAUCAGGCUGGUGACCGAAAACCAGAAGCAGGUCUCCUUGGUGGCCCUUGGCCCGCUCACUAAUCUGGCAUUGGCUGUCCGACUGGAUCCACGUUUUCCCCGAAAGCUCAAAGAUCUGUAUAUUAUGGGGGGCAACAUGGAAGGAAAAGGAAAUGUGACACUAUGUGCAGAGUUUAACUUUGCAUUGGAUCCAGAGUCUGCCUAUAUUGUUCUUGAAGAAUUCCUCUGCCCUACAUACCUGGCAUCAUGGGAAUAUGCAUGCAGAAAUGCCCUGACAUGGGAGUUCUUUGAAGAGUUGAUCAAUCAGGAUGCAGCGGCUGCAGUCUUUAUGAAGAUGAUAACAUCUAAAUGCUGGGCUUACUCCAAAGACGCUAUGAGGAGCAAGAGAGACGUGUACUUUGGACCUGGCUUCGUCUCUUAUGAUGCCUAUGCAAUGUCCGCCUGUAUUGACGGCAGCGUGGUAACAGAGAGGAUAGAGUGUCCUGUCCGCGUGGAGCUGCAGGGUUCCAUGUCUCGUGGCAUGAUGGCACUGGAUCGCACAAAUGAGCUGAAGAAGAGCCACAGUGUAUUUGUUCUGACUAAGUGUGAUGUUGCCAAGCUUGGUCAGUUACUCAUGGCGUCUCUUAGACAACCUAAAAAGUAAACGUUGAUGGGGCGGCCUCUAGCUCACCCAGUAAGAGUGUUCGCCUCAUGUUGGCUGAGUCCUUUGCAGCAGCGUGGGUUCAAAUCUGACCUGCUGCCCUUUGCUGCGUGUUGUCUCCCCCUUUUCCAGUAUAUCCAUUGUCACUAUAUAUUAAAAAAUAAUCUUAAAGGUCCCAUGA